UAUUCCUUUAAUUCGAAAUAAUCCUGAGCUAUACUAGAAAAGAAAAUUUUGCAAUUAAAUGAAGAAAAAUAUUUAUUUACUUUUCAGCAAAACCGUCCAACUAAAAGGCGAUUCUCAGUCAAACUUAUUUAUUUAUUUAAUUGUUGGAAGAAAAAAAGGAAAUGGUUUAUCCUUUUUUUGAAUUAAGUAAAACCAGCUCAGCAACUCGAGGAAAGAGUUGAACUUCUAAUCAGAAUCCAUAACCCUUGAUUUCGAAGAGCCAAUCUGCUAUUAGGGGUCCCUUUACCAGAAUCAAAUUUCAACAGCCUUGGAUUCAUGGCAAGCGAGCAGAACCAAAUUUAUCACGAAAGGCAAAGAUUACAAUUUUGCCUCUUACAUUCCCUUAACAAUCUCUUCCAGCAAAAGGAUGCAUUCACUCGAGCCACUUUGAAUUCUAUAGCUGAAAGACUCGUUCUUGAUGACCCAGAAAAGGAAAUUUGGACACCCUUUUCUUUAGUCUUCAAGCCUCACCAUAAUUCAGUUACUGGCAACUAUGAUAUAAAUGUUCUAAUGGCUGCACUUGAAGGGAGAGGGAAGACUGUGAUUUGGCAUGAUGGUCGAAAUGGGGCUUCGGCUAUCGACCUUAAUGAUGGAUUGUUGAUGGGAAUCGUGGUUAAUGUUCCUGUUAGACGCUAUGGUGGGCUUUGGAAAAGUAGGCAUUGGAUUGCAGUGAGAAAGAUCGAUGGAGUUUGGUACAAUUUGGACAGUGAUCUUCAGGCACCUCACUGUUUUAAGGAUUGUGGAGAAGUUAGGGAAUUCUUGAAUUUUAUCAUCAAUCAUGAUGGCCAGGUUUUGCUUGUAAAAAAACUGAAGAAGAUGGCAACUAAAGGGAUCAACAAAACCACUCAAAAGGAAAACAACAAGCCAAAUGGUUCCAUUUUGCAGAAUUCUAAUGAUACCAUGGCUGCCGAGAACAUAAGUGCUAUCAGGAGUUGUGGCUUCAUGCGAUGCAGAUCAUCGGAAUUUUCGCCGGUAAGGUUUUUCAAACACCUCGGUGGCAAAGCAGCAAAAGGUUUACAUGUGGCAGUGGUAUCCAUGAGAAUUAGGCCUUCCCAUAAGGUUUCUUCUUCUUCAUUAGGAAGACCGAAACCAUUUGAAACUCCUGUUGAUUCUCAUAGAAAUGCUGCCAUUGAAGACUGCAUCGAAUUUAUCAACUCUUCUGCUUCUUUGCCUAGAUCAAAUUCUGUUUCUGCUUCAUAAUUCUCACUGAACUCUGUAGUUCAUGAAGAUAUUAAGCAACAUAUUCCUAGAAGUUACAUGUACAUUAUCGUUUUCUUUCCAGAUGAUCAAAGUAAAGGCUUGUUUAAUUUACUUAUGAAAAACAAUGGAGUAUCUUAUAUGUAUUAUCUCUUUGGUUUGGUUUAUCCUACUGUGUACAUUCUGUUGGAGGUGCAUAUUUCAGACAAGCUUACCAGCAAA